GGGACAUCUAUUUAUAGCAUAGGGCCUCAUGUGAUUUCUGUGAUAGACUGCAGAGUGGUUCGUGAGCCUACACACUGAGAGGAGGCUCCCACUACUAUCAUACUAAUACAAGUCCCACUGGUUGUGAGAAGUCAGUUCACACAUUAGAUCACUGUGCCUUUUCACUCAGGGUAGGAGCACCAAAGGUGUGCUUGGAUAACGAGCCUCACCUGGAUUACCUGGUUCCCAGUUAAAGUGUAACAGUGUAGAAUUACUGACGAGCACACAGUCAGCUGUAAACACGUUGAAGAGAAUAUACAUUCUGUGUUGUGUGGGAAGUGCAGGAAGUCGUCACAUGUCGGACUGUCACUGUAGGAGUACAGGUGGAACACAACAUACCUGGAUUUACCUGUGACCUAGUUGGGGUAUUUUCACCUGUACAGGCUGGUGUUAGAGAGGGAGUCCCGCCACCAGUCUCGGAUGGCCCAGAAGCACAUCGCGGUGUCCACGUGGCUCGAGGCCCUUGGGAUGCUGGAGUACCUGUCCACCUUCCACCAGUAUGGAGGAGUUGAGGAACUGCUCUACAUACAGGAGGGGGAGAUACGAGACCUCGGCAUCAAGAACGGCGCUCACCGAGCCAAACUUGUCUCCAGUCUCCGAAUCCUACGGGACAAGUACCAGAAAGGCCGGCUCCACUGCGGUAUCAGUGGCAGGACUUCUCCAUCUUCGCUGCAACAGCAUCUACAGACCAGCCCUCCAUCGCCCCUCUCUCAUCCCGACUACCACAGCCUCCAGGUGUCACCAGAGAAGCUCCGGCAAGAUCUCCAAAAGGAGCUCAACGCAGAUCCUUCGGAGCUGAAGAGCAAGUCCUGGUACCAUGGUAACAUCUCCCGGCAACGAGCUGAUGCCCUGGUUGCCGGGGACGGCGACUUCCUUGUGAGAGACUGCAUCUCGCGCCCAGGAGACUUUGUGUUGACAUGUUGCUGGAAGAGUGUUCCCCUCCACUUCAUGAUAAACGCUUUAGUUGGAGAUUCCCUUCUCGGUGCCCUACCAAAGAUCUAUUAUCAAUUUGAAGAUGAGUCUUUUAACAGUAUUCAGGUCCUAAUUCAUUACUAUCAAUCCAAAGCUAAGCCCGUGACCAACGCAUCAUCCGCUGUGCUAAAGACACCCAUUGCUCGGUCCAUGCCACUCAGUUACUAUGACUCAAAGUAUGGGGCUUUGACAAGCCUCGCAGCAGUUAACAUUUACUCAUCCAGACAGAGCCCAAAAGGAAGCCCUCUUUCCACCCCAACAGGAAGUCCUUUUGGAAGUCCAGGAAUGAACCGAAAAGGUCCCAAACGUACAGGCAGUCAACCCUUGUUGUCUAUGGAUGACAUUGGAGAUGACCGAAGCCGGUCACCAUCAAUGGACCGGUGUGACAGUCUACCGAUGAUCAACACUCCAACCGCCAGCCCCCAGCUGUCCGUGAGGAAGGAGUUCCAGUCUGCGUAUCACCAACGGUCAGGCAGUGAACCCGUGCUGACCCCAAAUGGCGGCCUGGCUCCUUGUCCGCAGAAUGGGACAGAGAAGGGAGGAUCAGAUAGUGACCUGUCCAAACCCCCUCCCCCUAAACCAAGCCGCAUACCUUCCGUGAAGUACAAGCAGCGACCUCUGGUGGAGGUGCGCAACAAGUUCCUGUACGAAGACGAUGGCCGUGAUUACUCUGAUUAUUGCCAGGUGAAGGAGAGUCCGAGCUGGUUGACGGAUAAUCAGAACAAUGUGAUGAACCGCGUGAAGCAGCUGAACAGUGGGGGGAGGCUGGACAAUGACCCCCAGGGGGACAAAGACAUUUAUGAUAAUAAUUUCAACAACCUUAAAAAAACACUUACAAGCACACCCAAUAUGAAAAAAGAUCCAUCAUCGAGAGUGCGACUUUUCUCGGACACCAGGUUUUCCGUGAUUGACACAAGUGACCCGGACUCACCUAUAGACCCCGUGAUCGACGAUCGCGGACCAGAAAGCUGUGUUUAUGAUGUCAAUUACCUCAAGCAAAGGAAAAUUACAACACCGAAGGUCAAAUCUCAUAUGAGUUAUACCCCUUAUGACCUGAGAACAAGUUUGUUGCACAGUGACAAUAAGCCACUGGAUGCUUCUUCGAUGAUCUCAAUCAAGACGAUGGUGUUGGACGGGAGUCCUAAAGUUGUUGCUCAACAUAUGACCAAAGUGGACUUACAAUCGCUCAAUAUUCUGAAGGAACAUGACUUCGGUGUCGGAGUCCAGUCCGGGUUGGAACUUCUGACCUUGCCUCAGGGGAAGCAACUGCGACAGGACUUGAUUGAGAGAUGUCACUGUAUGAAGCUGCUGGUGAUGGUGUCCACGCUGACGUGCACGACGACGAUAGAGCGUGCUCGAAUGACCAGCCAGUGGAUCCAGAUCGCCAGUGAACUCAAGACCACAAUGGGGAACUUGUUUGGUUUUGUCAGCGUCAUGGAAGCCUUGUUGUCACGCCAGAUUCAAAGGCUUCGGGACAUGUGGCUCGUUCUCCGACAGAAUCACACAGGAAGUGCAUACCUGUUCGACACGAAGCUCAAGACUGCGUAUAAUGCCCUUAAUGAUGGUAGCAGUUCUCUCCCCUUGCAAAAUGUGUGUAUUCCUCAUAUAAGCCCGGUGGUACAUUUGUUUGAGCGAGAUCUGGACUCGGUUCUGUGUCUUCUUCCAUGGGAGGAUAUGGACAAAGCGUUGUUCGGUACGGAAAUACUUCUCGCUCAUUUGGACACGGCAAGAAUCAUUGCAUCCCAGUUCGCACUUUACCGCAUCGUCGGGAACUCUGUGCUCAGCGAGAUGAAGGAAAAUAAUGAAAUGAUAGAUGUAUUCAAGACUGAAAUGCAGUUGAGGUUGUUUUGGGGACAGAAAGGUUGUGGGGUCAAUCGAUCAGAUCGCCAUAGCAAGUUUGAGCAACUGUUGACAGUAUUGUCAGAUCGAGCAGAGCCCCCUGGUGACGAGGGAACGGCUGUGUAAUGGCUUCUGUGAGCUUGUGAACAUCGUGCUUGUGAACAUCGUGCUUGUGUAACAACAGCUUGUGUCGAGAUGGUGCUAAUCGGUGUCAUAACAUGGAGCUUGUUGUAAGGAAAGUACCGCGUCUGUUACAUGUUUGCCAAGUUUUGUUUCAGCCAUUUAAUGAUGUUGAUAAUUCAGUUUAUUUUGUCAGUCCAUAUAGUCAGU